AUGGUAACCGGAUUUAUUCCAGGUCAUUCUAUGGCAUUUCGCAGGUUGGGUGAGAUGAUAUUCAAAGAAAUUCAUAAAGUCAAUCGAUAUCAUGCAUUCAAGGAUAGCUUGAUAACAACAAAUGGUGACGUUGAUGAUG